AUGCUCAAAAAUACCCUUUCUUUCUUCCUUCCCCUUUCAGGUUUGGAGCGAUCUCCUCGCUUCGCCUGGCCAUCACUCUCUUCCCUUUCACCCUGUGCUGGUCUGUGGCGUCUGGUGGCGGAAGUGGUACUCGCGCCAUCCAGUCCGCCCCCUUGCGGGCGAGAGCAGCGAGACUUUUCAUCCGACGUUCGACAACGACGAUCUCCCCCCUCAUUUCUGCUCCUCCCACAUCCUCCCCCCCCGUCGUCCUCUUCCUCUUCCUCGAUACCCUCGGACGGCGCCGCCGCCUCCGCUGGUCGCUGUCCCGCGGCGACCAGGCCGCUGCGGGUGGCCGCGGAGAAGCGCGAGCAGCCCGAGCCCGCCGCGGCGGCCCCGGAGCCCGUCGCGGCCGAGUCGGCGCCGUCCCCGCAGGCUCCCACCUUCGCGGCGCGCGCCGCGGAGGCGGCCGCCAUGCUGCCGUGGAGCCGGGGCCAGCGCUCCGCGCCAGCGGAGGCGCAGCGGAGGCCAGAGCACCCCGCGGUCGAGCUCCCGGGGAAGGUCCAGGCCAUCGCGUGCGGGUUCCGCAACAGUUGCGUGGUCUGCGAGCUCCCCGCAGGUGAGCGGUGA